GGGGCUCGGUGUUUAGUGCCGGAGAAGAGGCUUCCGAGCACGGGGGGCAACUUGAAUAUGAAGUAUUGAGGGGGCAGGAAAUGUCUGGACCGUUUCAAGAUAUGUCUCGGGGAGCAGAUGACCUCCCACAUAGAAUGGCAGACCACCUCGAAGAAAUGGACACGUCGGAUACCCAGUGGGGUUGGUUUUACUUGGCUGAAUGUGGCAAAUGGCAUAUGUUUGAGACUGAUUCUACUAGCCAGUGUUCACUUAGCAGUGAAGACAUUGAAGGGAUGUUCAAAAUUAAUCCACAAGGCUCCAUUUCUUUUACAACUGCAAAAUUCGACUACGUGCUGGACUUUUUAGGGAUGAAACAAACUAACCAAACAACUGGAAAAGAACGUCCCAUAAAAAGAGCUCCAUUUUCUAUCAGUGCCUUCAGUUUUAUCUGUGAAAAUCAGUCUAUCCCCAUGCCUUCACACUGGGAGAAUGUAAAUUCAGAAGAGCCAUACCAGCUAAUUACUUUGCAUAAGCUGACAAAUGAAUAUAAGGAUGUUGCUAGUCAGUUUGGGAAAACAAUGGAUAGUGAACGGAUUAGAAGAAUUCAGAGAAUUCAGAAUCUAGACUUGUGGGAAUUCUUUUGCAGGAAAAAGGCUCAGCUAAAGAAGAAAAGAGGUGUCCCCUGCAUUAAUGAACAUAUGUUGUUUCAUGGCACCAACAGUGAAUUCGUGGAAGCCAUCUGCAUUCAUAACUUUGACUGGAGAAUCAAUGGCAUGCAUGCUGCUGUAUAUGGAAAAGGGACGUAUUUUGCAAGGGAUGCUGUAUAUUCCAGCCGCUUCUGCAAAGAUGGCUUGAAGCAUGGCAGCACAUUACAGAUUCAUGGAGUUGACAUGCAACUUCAGAUGUUUUGGAAGCAUAAAGUGAUGUUUCUUGCUCGUGUAUUGACAGGGGACUAUGUUAAUGGGAACUCCAAAUACGUGAGACCACCUUCAAAAGAUGGGAGCUUUGUGAAUUUAUAUGACAGCUGUGUAGACAGCACCUGGAACCCAAAGAUUUUCGUCAUCUUUGAUGCCAACCAGAUCUAUCCAGAAUAUUUAAUAGAGUUCAGCUGACUGAGCUGAGUGGCGGUAUUUAAUUUGUUUGCUAAAGAAAAUAAAACUUACUUUGUGGAUAAAUGUUUGGCAGAAUGGAAGUAUGAAGCUUGACUAACUUCAAAUGUCAGAUCAUUUAAAUUUCAAAUCCUACAACGCUUCAUAAGCACGGUUAUUGAUCAUGCGACAUUACACAUGGCCAUUAAUCUUGGAACUUGGGCCAAACAGGAAUUGGAAAUAUCAGGGCAACAAUUGGUUUGGCUUGCUUACUUCACAAUCCGUCACCUGUCAAAAUUGGCUGUAUCAUAGAAUUAAAGUAACUGGGAGAGCUGGGUCGUUCUUCAGUCGGAUUGUAACAUCUAACUUAAAAUUAUCCCUGUGAUAAGAUGAUCAGCCGUUGUGACUAAAAGUGAGAUAUACUGCUCAUAUCCAAAUGGACAUUUU